AUGCACAUAAUCUUCAAUUCAUACCAUAUAUUCUUUCAAUUCUUGCCACUUCUCUUUCACUUCUUUCUCAAUUCUUGCCACUUUCUCUUUCACCUCAUUCUCAAUUCUUGUUACUUACUUUUUCACCCAUCUCUCAAUUCUUGCCACUUUCUUUUUCACACAUCUCUCAAUUCUUGCCACUUUCUCUUUCACCCCUCUCUCAAUUCUUGCCACUUUCUCUUUCACCCCUCUCUCAAUUCUUGCCACUUUCCCUUUCACCCCUCUCUCACUUCUUGCCACUUUCUCUUUCACCCCUCUCUCAAUUCUUGCCACUUUCUCUUUCACCCCUCUCUCAAUUCUUGCCACUUUCUCUUUCACCCCUCUCUCAAUUCUUGCCACUUUCUCUUUCACCCCUCUCUCAAUUCUUGCCACUUUCCUUUUCACCCCUCUCUCACUUCUUGCCACUUUCCCUUUCACCCCUCUCUCAAUUCUUGCCACUUUCUCUUUCACCCUCUCUCACUUCUUGCCACUUUCUCUUUCACCCUCUCUCAAUUCUUGCCACUUUCUCUUUCACCCCUCUCUCAAUUCUUGCCACUUUCCCUUUCCCCCUUCUCAAUUCCCCUUUCCCUUUCACCCCUCUCUCAUUCUUGCCAAUUUCUCUUUCACCCCUCUCUCACUUCUUGCCACUUUCUCUUUCACCCCUCUCUCACUUCUUGCCACUUUCUCUUUCACCCCUCUCUCAAUUCUUGCCACUUUCUCUUUCACCCCUCUCUCAAUUCUUGCCAAUUUCUCUUUCACCCCUCUCUCAAUUCUUGCCACCUUUUCUUUCAAUUCUGUCUUAAUUUUUACCACCUUUUCUUUGCAUCUUCUUUUUCAGUUUUUGCCACCUUUUCUCCACUUCGUUUCCAACCUCUUUCACUUAUUUUCUAUAUUUACCACAUUCUCUUUCCUUUCUUUUCACUUCUUGACACUUCCAUUUUUGUUUUAUUUCAAUUCAUGACAUAUUCACUUUUUUGUUUUCAAUUUUUGCCACGUUCUCUUUCACUUCUUUUCAAUACUUACCACCAUUUCUUUGCUUAUUUUUCAGUUCUUGACAACAUUCCUGGCUACCAUCUCCUUGCUUCUUUUGCAAUUCUUGCCACAUUUACUUUCAUUUUGCUUGUUUUUCAAUUCUUGCAACCUUCAUUUUGCUUGUUUUUCAAUUCUUGCAACCUUCAUUUUGCUUCUUUUUUAAUUCUUGCAACCUUCAUUUUGCUUCUUUUGCAAUUCUUGCAAACUUCAUUUUGCUUGUUUUUCAAUUCUUGCAACCUUCAUUUUGCUUCUUUUUCAAUUCUUGCAACCUUCAUUUUGCUUCUUUUGCAAUUCUUGCAAAUUUCAUUUUGCUUGUUUUUCAAUUCUUGCAACCUUCAUUUUGCUUCUUUUUUCAAUUCAUGCAACCUUUAUUUUGCUUCUUUUUUCAAUUCAUGCAACCUUUAUUUUGCUUCUUUUUUCAAUUCAUGCAACCUUUAUUUUGCUUCUUUUUUCAAUUCAUGCAACCUUUAUUUUGCUUCUUUUUUCAAUUCAUGCAACCUUUAUUUUGCUUCUUUUUUCAAUUCAUGCAACCUUUAUUUUGCUUCUUUUUUCAAUUCAUGCAACCUUUAUUUUGCUUCUUUUUUCAAUUCAUGCAACCUUCAUUUUGCUUCUUUUUCAAUUCUUGCAACCUUCACUUUGCUUGUUUUUCAAUUCUUGCAACCUUCAUUUUGCUUGUUUUUCAAUUCUUGCAACCUUCAUUUUGCUUCUUUUUCAAUUCUUGCAAACUUCAUUUUUCUUCUUUUUCAAUUCUUGCAAACUUCAUUGUGCUUCUUUUUCAAUUCUUGCAACCUCCAUUUUGCUUCUUUUUUCAAUUCAUGCAACCUUUAUUUUGCUUCUUUUUUCAAUUCAUGCAACCUUUAUUUUGCUUCUUUUUUCAAUUCAUGCAACCUUCAUUUUGCUUCUUUUUCAAUUCUUGCAAACUUCAUUGUGCUUCUUUUUCAAUUCUUGCAACCUCCAUUUUGCUUCUUUUUCAAUUCUUGCAACCUUUAUUUUGCUUCUUUCUCAAUUCUUGCCACCUUUUUUUUACUUCAUUUUCAAUAUUUGCCACUUUCUCCAUCUCUUUGCUUCUCUUUCAAUUUUUGCCACACUUACUUUGUUUCUUUUUCAAUUUUUGCCACUCAUAUUUCCAUCUUUUCCAAUUCUUUCUUCCAUCUCAUUGAUUCAUUUUCAAUUAUUGCCUCCUUCCCUUUGCUAAUGUUUCAACACUUUCCACCUUCUCUUUCAUUCGUUUUUAGUUCUUGCCAACUAUUAUUUGCUACUUUCUCAAUUUUCCUUGACUUCUCUUUGCUUAUUUUUCAUUUCUUUCAACCGUGUCUGUUGCUUCUAUUUGCCGCCAUCUACUCUUCUUUUUCAAUUCCUGUCACCAUCUCUUUCAAUCUUUUUUCAAUUCAUGCAACAUUGUUUUUUUUCUUAUUUCACAGUUCUUGCCAUCUUCAAUUUCGCUUCUCUCUCUAUUCUUGUCACUUUUACAUUCCAUUUUCUCUGAUUCUUGACACCUUCUACUUACUUCUUUAUCUUUCUUGCCACCUUUUCUUUUCUUCUUUGUUCUAUUUCAAUUCUUGCCAUAUUCUCUUUUGCUACUUUUCAGUUUUUGCCGCCUUCUCUUUCGUUUCUUUUUUAAUUCUUGCCACCUACAUUUUCGCUAAUUUCAAUUCCUGCCGCCUUUUUUUCCAUAUUUCCAAUUCGCCAACGAUUUUUUUCCUUUUUCGAUUCUUACCACCUUCUCUUUGCUUCUUUUUCAAUUCCUGCUAUUUACUCUUUCCCGUGUUUUUUCUCCAUUUCUUGCCACCUGUUCCUUCGCAUUUUUUUUGCCAACAGUUUCUUGCUUCUUUUUAUUUUAUUUUACCGCCUUCUCUUUGCUCGUUGUUCAAUUCUUGCUACAUACUAGUUGCUACAUUUCCAUUUUUUGCCUCCACCUAUUUGCUUCAUUUUCAAUUCUUGCCAACAUCUCUUAGCUUCUUUUAG